AUGCCCUCAAUCCCAAUCCCUCACUACAUCAACACUCCCAUCGCCCACUCAUCUCAACCUCAUCUCACGUCCCCGUCUCCCCCAAUCCAGGAAUUCCCACCAGCAGCACGCUCCGGUUCCCGCACUCCAUCAAUCGACGGUGUACAACCAGUCUCAGAAGCAGACUUUGACGCUCCGGGACCGUCGGGGCCUGUCCUCGCAAGUGAUGUCAAGAAGCAACAACAGGUCGUCGUCUCUGCCAAGGGUGUUGCUAUAGACGAUGCCCAAGAUGGAGGAGAGAGCGAAGAUGAGGACGAGGGUGUUGUGCCGGACAGCCCCGGACCAGCAGAACGCUUCGAGCCUCUGUACAACAGUCCUUCUCGUUCACCCGCGAACCUCCCUGCAGUUGAGGGCAACCCAGGACAGACGAUGGACGGUGCUGCUGCAGAGCUCGAUCAACCAGCACAAGAGUCAACACUGAGCAGUGCAGAAACACAAGUCGAACGGCCAUCCGCAAUCCCCGGGUUGCCAGACGUCGCUCCCCCUCCCUCCUCCACCCCUUCAAGACCCAACAACCUCUUCCGCACCAGCGCACUCAAGGUCCUCCAAAUGCACCGCGGGAGCAGCGCCAUCCAGUCCCCCGGAGCGGAACAAGGUGUCGACGCGAGGCGGGACAGUGCUGCUGAGCACUGGGGGCACAUACACCAGGAGUGUGCUAUCGAGGUGUGCGACUACUCCAGCAACAACGCGUCCUUUACCAGGCUGAGCAACGCUGGUCUUGCCGAGUUCCUCUCUGGCCGAGGGAAGGACAGGCCCGCGUGGGCAAAGGUCAGGUGGAUAAACGUAGGCGGGAUAUCGUUCGACGUCAUUCGCGCUAUCGCACUGCGAUACGACCUGCACCCGUUGGCGACGGAAGACGUGCUUCGGUGCGGCGAGAGCGGGAGCAGGAGCAAGUCGGACUAUUACAAGAACCACCUGUUCCUGAGCCUUAUAUGCCACCUCCUGGCACCGGACGACGAGCCUCCGAGCUAUGACGAUUCGCAGGCCCCGGCUGGAGAGCCAGGGGAAGUGCUCACUGAGUCCCCUUUGCAGGACACGCCAGAUCUUGGCCUGUCAGACGCUGCGCUCCGGCGUAGAAGGCACUCCGCGGUGUUCGCCCGCGCUAGGUCCGGGGUGCGCCACGCUGGGGAGGGAUUAGCACACACCAUCAGCAGGGACGAUAUCGAGAGUUCUCUUGAUGCGGCCAAGAGCAUGCGUGGGCCGGGGGACGAUCUGCGCCCUACAACUGGCGCUCUGGCUGGGGAAGACGUAGGUUGGUCUCGCCGUCUGAGGCCUGCAGUACCGAAACGGUUGUCUGCUCUUCGCCCGCACCCGCACUCUCACUCGCAUCACUCGAACCAUGCUGAUCCGGAACGGGACGCCCCCGCGCAGAAGGCUGCUCAGGCCCACACACUGGCAAAACAGCGCCAGUGGGCGAGCUGGAUGAAUAUGUCCCCCAUGCGGAGGCGGAAGGCGGUGAACCAGGCUGCGCUGCAGGAGCUGAAGCGGGGUGCGCAUGUCAGUGUCGAGUUGAAGCAUAUAUUUGUGUUCCUUACGAGGGGAGGCACGCUUAUCACCUUCCACCAGGAUGCAGACUUGGCACAUUUCAGACCUAUCAAAGCCCGUUUGCAGCAUAAAGAUUCCCUACUCCGCGCGCAGGGGGACGCGUCCCUCUUGAUGCAGAGCGUGAUCGAUCUUGUGGUGGACCGCGCGCUGGAAGUCGUCGAUCGGUAUCAUGAUACCCUCUUGGAUUUAGAACGGCAGAUCCUUAUCAAGCCGAGUAUGAAGACCGUUCGGCAGUUGCACAUCAUGUCUGGCGACCUGACGCUACACAAGCGCACCCUCACCCCUCUCUCAACGAUGAUCUACGCUCUGAGGCGGUACGAUCUCGACCGUGCAGUGGCCGCUACGCCCGAAGCGCAGGAUGGGAAGGACGUCAAAGUCUCCGGCUUCUGCAGUCAUCAGUGUAAAGUCUACCUCGCGGACGUGUAUGACCAUAUGGAAUAUAUCCUCAGCAGCAUGGAUAUGUUCUCCUCUAUUGCGGAGAACUUGAUAAACUUUACGUUCAAUAUUGUGUCAUAUGAGACGAACGAGUCUAUGCGCCGGCUCACAGUCGCCACGGUCGUUUUCUUCCCCCUCACCUUCCUUACAGGAUACUUCGGCAUGAACUUCGUUUCUAUGAAUUCCCUUGUCGGCUCAGAUCUAUUCUUCUGGGAACUUGCGAUCCCAGUCAUGAUCGUUAUCACGAUCGCCUUUACCUGGAACGAUAUUGUCAAGAGGUACCGAGCGUUCGUAAGGAACAGGCACUUUGAUGCGGUCAAUGACAAGCUUCGGAAUACCCUCUCCAGAACGACAUAAACGUGUCUUGAUAUAUCUGUCUUUUAUAUGCAUAUCCUCCGGCCGCGCCGGGCUCGAUUGUCUCGUCCUUCACUGAAACAAAAAUGUUUUUCUUGAAUCUCUUCGCGCACGCGCCGGAUCGUUCGUCAUACCUAUAUGCACAUUUACCCUCUUUUGGAACUUCACGGCUCGGGAUUG